AGAGUGCUGCGUUCAAGAUCAGCUGGCUGCUGGAGCUCCGGGUCGCCUCCUCCUCUGCGGCUUCACUCGGUUGUCACUCUCCUUUUUCUCAGGGUGUUUUUGUGUCAGAGAGCAGGUAACCGGUGUGUCGGCUGUGAUGGACCGCUGGAGGGGCAGAGUGGCUCUGGUGACCGGAGCUUCGGUCGGGAUCGGUGCGGCCAUAGCGAAGGAGUUGGUCCGGUACGGUAUGAAGGUGGUGGGCUGCGCCAGGGACGUCGAAAAAAUACAGAAACUGGCAGCUGAGUGUCAAAGUGCAGGCCACAGUGGUGUUUUGCUGCCUUUCAAGUGUGACUUGAACAAUGAGGAGGAGAUUCUGUCCAUGUUCGCUGCCAUUAAAGCACAGCACCAAGGGGUGGAUGUGUGCAUCAACAACGCGGGCUUGGCUCAUCCAGAGUCUCUGUUAAAUGGCAACACCAGCGCCUGGAAGAACAUGCUGGAUGUGAACGUUCUUGCAUUGUGUAUUUGUACCCGUGAAGCGUAUCAGUCAAUGAAAGAAAGAAAUGUUGACGAUGGGCACAUCAUCAACUUAAACAGCAUGAGCGGACAUCGUGUCGUCCACAGUACCGAUGUACAUUUCUACAGCUCCACCAAGUUCGCUGUGACGGCGCUGACGGAGGGCCUGAGACAGGAGCUGCGUGAGGCCAACACCCACAUCAGAGCCACAUGUAUUUCUCCUGGUGUAGUGGAGACAGAAUUUGCUCCGCGACUCUAUAGCAACAACGCUGAUAAAGCUGCAACUGCAUACACUAAAUUUAAGGCUUUGGAAGCAAUCGAUGUUGCUAACUCUGUAACAUACGUCCUAAGUGCCCCUCCACACGUGCAGAUUGGAGACAUCCAGAUGCGGCCUGUGGAGCAGGUGUUGUAGCUAUUGCACAACACUGACACAUACCUCACCUUCACUGCAAUGACUUUAUCUGAUCAAGGAACAACUGUGGUUCUGAAAUUUCUACUCUAAUUUUGCACUUACAAAAUAAAAUUUCUGAUUCGAAUUUAA